AUGUUACUCGGAGUUAUAUUCGUUGUACAUACCAGUAUUGGUGGUGACAAGUUGAUGUUUAGGUAUCCAGCAGUCACUAGAGGAAAGGUCAGUGAUGAGACAAUGAUGGCAUUUAGACAACAACAUCCAAUGAUGACCCCGGGGUCUAGUGGAAGCAAGGGUGCUGGCAGUGGUGGAGGAGGAUCAAAUGAAAACGAUGGCCUCAAUCAAGACCAAACUAGCAGUGCAAAGUCAAACAUCACCAAAGACAUUUACAGCAUCUACAAUCUGUCGUCAGAGAUUAUCACACCUAUUCUCAUCCCAAAACCUACUCUUUGUGAUCAAGCUUUUGAACUGACCAUUGAAAAUACAAAGUUUAUUGGUCAUCCAACUGUAUUGGAUGAAGAUAGUGAAGAAGAGGAAGAUGAUAGUGAAGAUGAUAGUAGUGAUGAUCAUCACAAGAAACAUAAUGGUGGUGGUAAACAUAAAUCAAGUAGAGAUGGUUUAAAACGUAGUGGAAACAAUAGAAAAUCAAAUCAAAAGAAACAUGGACAUCAUCAUCAUCAUCAUCAUCAUCAUCAUCGAAAAUUAAAUAAUAGUAGUAAUAGUAAUAUUAGUGAUAGGGAAAACCAAUCACCUUCCAAUUGUAAUGAUAAACUAAUAUUAAAUAAUUCAACCAAUUCAACCACUUCUUCAUCUUCUUCUAUUCAUAAUAAUAAUAUAAAUAAUAAUAAUAAUAAUAAUAGUAAUAAUAAUCCUUCUCAACAACAACAACAACAAAAGAAAAAUAAUAAUUCAAGUGAUGAAAUUACAUUAUUUAAUAUAGUAUUUGUAUUGACAUCAAGAUCGGGUGACUUGAAUUUAAAGUUGGACGAUAGUUUAAAACGAUUGGCAUUAAAGAUUGCAUCGGCUCUCCAACACGAACAAGACCGAUGUAAUUAUAUAACAAAGCAAGCACACGAAAUGAUGACAAUUAGAGACGCUUGGUUGACCGAACACACUUUGGAUACAAUCUCUGCCGAUGAGAAACCAAAUCACGAAGAACUUACAAAUAGAAUACUACGAGCGAGUAGGCUAGCCAGAGAAAUCAAAGAUAUAUAUCAUGGCCUUAAAGAGGACCGUGUGGUUAGCAUGCGUAUCAAUGGUUGGGUGAACCUCAAUCUCAACAUUAUCAACCCAGACUAUUACCCCGAAUACCCUAUUCGUCCAUACCACGCCCUACUACCAUUUGCAGCGACCGACGACGAUUCCAUUCCCAUCCCACCAUCUGAUAUUUCACCGGCACUACUUCGUCUACUCGAAGUUGCCAAACCAACCAAAAAUUUUAGAGAUUUGCAAAUGGAGACUGAUCUACCAUUGGCGCAAAUCUAUCGUCUGGCAUCACAUUUGGUCUAUUGGAGAAAAGCAAAGAUCAUCAAUAUGAUGACCAAAAACAAUGUCUAUGUGCUCAACCCCAGAAACUCGAAUGACCUUGUCGAUUUGGGCAACAAGUUUUCGACGCUGUUUCCUGAAUUCAAAUUCCAAGACAUUCUCUUUCGAUUUUCAACAGCUCGUCCUCUUGCAGAACACAUUAGUAAAAUUCACCAAAAUUAUUAUGUAGUAUUUCUUCAAAUCGUUGGAUGGCUCUUGCAACACGAUCUCAUUGUUCAACUACACACAUAUGUACAUUUAAUGAUCAUGACCCCACUUCAUCUAUCUCAUCCAAAUAAUAAUAAUGGUAGUGUAAAUAGUCAAAAUAGUAGUAGUGGUGGUAAUGCUGGAAGUUUUAAUAAUAAUAAUAACUCCUCAUCACCUCAAAAUCAUCUUUAUCAAUCUACUCCAUUUCCAUUAAUGCCUUCACAAUCUCAACCUCAUGAAAUUGCUUUUUUCGAAAAAAUUGAUGAUAAUACAAAAUCCUAUCAAUUAUUUAAAAGAUUAUGUCCAUAUUUUAGAGGAUUACAUCAUUUGGAAGAAAUAAUGUGGAGAGAAAAUAUAUCAAGAGAUGAUCUAAGUAAAAUAUUAAAGAAAUAUAAAAGUGUUUUAAUUCAAAUUACACAUGAAUAA